CAUAUUUAUGAACUUGUUUUACAAGGCGUAUUUUCAGAUACCAAAUUAUGUCCUUCAACCGGACCAGAAAUAUUAUUAUUCAAGAGGUUUCAACAAGAAUGGGAAACAAUUGAUAAAACAAAAUUCUCUACAUCAAUUUCUGAUACUUAUGUUCAUAAUAUUUUAAAAGAUGAAGCCGAUGAAAUUAUUUUAUAUGCAAAAAGUAAAAUUACUGAAUAUCUCCCCCGAGAUGAUUAUCAAGAGUUUUUAGAACUUGUUAUUAUAUUUUUGGGCGGUGUUCCUCAAAGGGGAAAUGCUUUUCGAAAACCGGGUCCUUAUCAUUUAGCCAGAUGGAUGGCUAAAGCAAUAUAUUGUUUAAAAAUAUUUUUGUUUAAAAAUCAAUUUAAACUAGACAGUAGAGAAGAAACAUCAUUAAAGGAUAUUUGUUGUUUUAUUGUAAAAUGUUACGUUCAAGCUUGGUUUUCAUCUCCAAAAGCUAUAGAAGCUCCUUUUAAUGACAUAUUAUUUCUUAGAAAAUUAGAAUCUUAUAAAUUACAAAAUAAAAAAAUCGCAGACGUGGCAUUAAAAAAAAUAACUAAUCAUUUGUGGUAUUUAAAUCCAGAAUGUAUUACUUUUUCCUUAUUUGACAAUCGUAUAGACUAUAAUACAAAACGCAAAAGGGCUGAAAAAAUGCCAAGUUAUAAUGAUGAUGAUGAUGAAGAAACUAAUCUGAAUAAAAAGUUAACUCUUACACCAGACGAUGUCCCCAAUUUUCUUCAAAAAGACCUACCAACUGAUUUAAUAACUUCCAAAUCAAUUGAAAUGUUUAAGCGGUUUAAAAUUCAAACAAAUUUUUUAAGCAUUGAUCCAGCUUAUUGGAAUUAUCAGGAAGACUUCAAAACAGGUAGAGAAAUAAUCAAAUCAUUGAAAAUAGUUAACGACACAGCUGAGAGAGGAGUCAAGCUAAUGGAAGAAUAUAAUGAUAAAUUUACUAAAGACGAAGAACAAAAACAAUUUUUAUUGCAGAUAAAUUUAACAAUUUUUAUUUUUAAUUUAACUUAAUUAUAUCGUUUAAAUUUUUAGACCGUCCAAGACUAUCAAAAAAAAUAUCCAAAAUGUGAUAGAGAAACAUUAAAAAAAAUAUAUUAAAAGACAAAUACUAGUUCCAUGUAGAUAAAUGUGCUAUGAAUUUUGUAAUAAUUAUGUGUUGAUAGAAUGGAUUAUACAUUUUUUUUAUUUAAUCUUAGUUAAUAUUCAUGAAAUUAUUAUAUAGUUAUUUUAUACAAUUU